CACCGCGCCGCCGGUACGGCGCCAGCCGCAGCUCUGAGGGCAGCGGGGCCGCCGCCGCUGAGAUUACAUCAGAUAUGACUAUGUGAAUAGCCUAGGAUAGCCCAAAGGAAGGACAUGAUGUCAGAAUAACAUACAAAACGUUUGUGAGAAUCUUGAUGUCUGUUCUGAUUUAAGGUAACUUGUUGAUUUGAGCAGCUGAAAACUUGCCUUGAUUGAAAAAUAAUUGUAUAUUUCUUCUUCUGAGGGCAAGGCCAGAAAACCAUGCAGUCAUCAGGGCACAGAUUCCGUGAUGUUGAGCACCACCCGCUUCUUGCUGAAAAUGACAGUUACGAUUCCUCUUCCUCAGAGGCCGACAUGGCAGAGAGGGUUUGGUUCAUCCGAGAUGGCUGUGGUAUGGUCUGUGCUAUAAUGACAUGGCUUCUGGUUGUCUAUGCAGACUUCGUAGUGACUUUUGUGAUGUUGCUGCCUUCCAAAGACUUUUGGUACUCUGUGAUCAACGGUGUUCUCUUUAACUGCUUGGCAGUCCUAGCUUUGUCAUCGCAUCUGAGAACUAUGCUAACUGAUCCAGGGGCUGUACCCAAAGGAAAUGCCACUAAAGAAUACAUGGAUAAUUUGCAACUGAAGCCAGGAGAAGUGAUCUACAAAUGUCCAAAGUGCUGUAGUAUCAAACCUGAACGUGCACACCAUUGCAGUAUUUGCAAACGAUGUAUUCGAAAGAUGGAUCACCACUGCCCGUGGGUGAAUAAUUGUGUGGGGGAGAAAAAUCAGAGAUUUUUUGUUCUGUUUACGAUGUAUAUAGCCCUAAUUUCAGCUCAUGCGCUCAUACUGUGUGGGUUUCAGUUUUUCUCCUGUGUCCGAGGGCAGUGGACUGAAUGCAGUGACUUUUCCCCACCUGUAACUGUGAUCCUGAUGAUCUUCUUGUGCCUUGAGGGUUUUCUGUUUCUCACUUUCACUGCAGUCAUGUUUGGCACCCAAAUCCACUCAAUAUGCAAUGAUGAAACGGAGAUUGAAAGACUGAAGAGUGAAAAGCCAACAUGGGAGCGGAGACUACGUUGGGAAGGAAUGAAAUCUGUUUUUGGGGGUCAGCCUUCACUCCUGUGGAUUAAUCCUUUUGCAGGAUUUCGAAUCAGGCGACUUCUACUGAGAGCAAAGAAAGGAGGACCUGAGUUUUCUGUUUGAAUCUAAUUAUGCUGGAACUUGCAAGAAUACUAUAUAAUAUUUAUUUGGGGCCAGAGAAGGCUGUCUACAUAUAAUCUGUGACCAGGUGAAACUGAUAUCAGACAUUUGCUUGUAGCAAGCAGUUUUAUACGUUUAUCGUCACAGACAUCUCAUUAACUUUCAGAGACGUGAACUGGAUCUGUAAUGGUCUUAACAGCAAGGUAAGAGGAAAAGUACAUGGUCACACUAAAGAAGCCAAAUGUCAUGCUACUGUAAUUUAUUUUAUGAGAUUAAUUAUCCAUUUUUGUUAAACCCUUUUUAUUUGAUAAAAGUUUGGGGAAUUACCUGUGUGUUUUUAUAAAAAGUAUAUACUUAGGUGCAGUUGUCAAUCAUAAGGAGGAGCAUUAUGGUGAAAGUUGAUCUCAAAUGAGACCUAGCCUUCUAAAUCCAGUUUUCAGGGAAUAGUGGUUUAUUCAGUUUUAAUUUAUAUUUCAGUUUGUCCUAAUAAACAGAGCUGUACUCUUGUGUCCCACUUCAGACACACAUUCUUCGUAUGCAAGUGAUUCAAAGGACUGGUGCACACAACAGCAUAACACAUCAGAGGCACUGUUACACCCCUGCCAAAUGUCUUCCCAGGCUCACAAAAGCAUGUCUUGUGUUUGGCAGUAUUAAUCUCAUAUGGCAUUUAGGUAAGUUCUAAAUCUUCAGUAAACAACACUUUUGACUAACAGCUGUGGGCCAAAUUCUGCCCUCAGAUAUGCAUCUCCAAUUCUUAAUGCAUUGAUUCUAGAGGAACUUGAGUGUAGAUGUUUGAGAAUUGUAUCUAGUCCUCUGCAGUGAUGAGUGGGACCAAGUGACUGUAUCCUUCUGUGUGAGAUUAAAAUGUAUGUACUGCAGAUUGGAGUUAAUUAACUGAAAACAGUUGUCUUUGUAAGGUCUUGCUCUGCCCCUUUUUAUGGUACAGACUUUUUGUAGAAGGAAAGCUGU